AUGAGUACUGCAGAAAUUGCUCGAACAGUUGUUGGCCUCAUAGGAAAUAUCAUUGCCGGAUGCAUGUUCUUAUCUCCAAUGCCAACAUUUGUUGGGAUAUGCAAAAAAGGAUCAGUGGAAAAGUACUCAGCAGUACCAUACCUAGCCACGUUAAUGAACUGCAUGGUCUGGACUCUCUACGGGCUACCAAUGGUGCAUCCUCACAGCUUACUUGUGGUAACCAUCAACGGUGCAGGAUGUGUGAUUGAGAUCAUUUAUAUCACACUCUUCUUCAUCUAUUCUGACAGCAAAAAGAGACUCAAAGUCUUUUUUGGUUUACUCUUGGAGCUUAUUUUCAUUUCACUUCUCUCAUUUGUUUCAUUGACCAUGAUUCAUUCUGUUAACAAACGUUCGGCUGUUGUUGGAACUAUUUGCAUGCUCUUCAAUGUUGCUAUGUAUGCUUCACCUUUAUCCAUCAUGAAAAUGGUGAUAAAGACUAAGAGUGUUGAGUUCAUGCCGUUUUUUCUCUCUUUGGCUUCAUUUAGCAAUGGAGUGUCUUGGACCAUUUAUGCUCUCAUCCCUUUUGAUCCAUUCAUUGCUAUACCAAAUGGGAUUGGAACAUUGUUUGCGGUUGUACAAUUAAUUUUGUAUGCAACAUAUUACAAGUCAACGAAAGAACAGAUAGCAGCAAGGGAGAAUGGAAAAGGAGAGAUGAAUGUGUCAGAAUUGGUAAUUGGUAUUAGUAACGUUAAUGUUAUUGUGCAAGAUGAAACCAACAUCAACAAGAUAAAAACUCCUUCCACUAUCAAAUGA